AUAUGAUGACCAGGUCAGAAGUUCCUGAUUCGUGCUUCGAGGCUCUGCUUAUGGUGCGGAGAAGCUUAGCGAUGCAUCCGUAUAUCCUAUCGCUCUUAUCAUUGAUCCUAGGGGGGUGAGAACUGAGUAUUAAUGCCAAUGGCCUGCCACUCAUAGGAUUACCGAAGCGGGAUGAGAAAGUCUCAAAUCAUGAGCUACGGAUGUGAGCCGCCAAGUCAUCCUGCCCUAACAGUCAUAGCACACCAUUUGCCUUCUGUUCCCCCAUGCGCAUAAUGGCAGAUAUGAUGAAGCCAGAAACUCUGGAGCCAAUUGAGGCGGAAUUCUCAAAGCCGCCUGGAAACCUGCUUGCCGCAUCGUACUGCGCAACGGUCAUCUCUAAUCUAGAGGGUUGGAAGGGUGUUGUACUGUUUCAAGUGAAAGAGCAUAAAAGCCUUGCAAUUGAGCAACUCGACACGCGCGUUCGACGUCUUGAGAAUAUGGAUGGAAUCAGCCCACCUCCGCCGAUGGAUAUACCAUCCUGGGAUUCACUUACAUGGCGCAUAGCACGACUUCACCGCAAGAUGCCAGCGGGGCCGGUGAACAGGCUCACCGGUGCGCCGACAUGCAUUACGCCGACUCUGGACUUGCUAAACAGUGUCACGACUUCGUUGGGGGGGACGGGGAUGAUGUCCUGGCCCGCGUUCAGGGGAGAGGAGGCCCUCGAAAGCGAUGACCUCCUCCAGACGGCGGCACAAUUCCUAGGCUACAUUGCGGGUCAGCGGCGCUUCAAGGUCGUCGGCUCAUUCGAUCUCAAGCAGAACUGCAAGCUCGCGCUCAACCUAUCCCUCGAUCCAACUAUGAACCACUGUGGUGGGCCUGCCUUCCCCAUGGCGAGGCUUGUUAUGCCACCGAGGCCAGCGAUGCCUCAAAAAGGAUGCUGUGGAUGCUGUUCCUGCUCCUGCCACUCCCCAAGCCCUAGUGUACUAAGAUGGAUGACGGGAAAGUAUGACCAGGAGAAACGAGCGAAGCGGACAGGCUUUAAGGCCCGUAUUACUAAGGCAUUUAGGAAGCUGGCAUUUUGGCGUCGAGACAACUACGAUGACACAGAUAGUGACGCUUCUUCAAUCACUACGAGGACUUCGUCAACCUUUUGGAACUAAGCGAAGAGGUAUGGUAACGUUUUGGUUCGUAAUUCUUAAAUAGGAGACGAACGCCGAGGACGUGUCGAUGAUGAUGAUGAAUUAGGGGUCGCUUAGAAUCCCCCAUCACCGACCGACAUUGGGGUUUAAGUAGAAUUUCUUUGAAUAUGAACACGAUCAUUCUAAUUUGUCACUGUUUGAUACCUCCGCUGUGUUCAAUAUGAAGUUAGUCUUGUUUUGGAAGGUUGUAUCCCCUUCGCUGAGAUGUUGCAAC